UUCGAGUUAUCGUACCAAAAAGCCGGUUCAACUCUGUCUUGCUGUUCACAAUCGAUUUUCUCAGGAAUUUGUUGCGAAAAUCUUCUUCAGUGGAGAUUUCCCCAGAAAGAAAAUGGAAGCCUUCUCAUCUUUCUUCGAUCCCAAUUCCAAAUCUGGAUCGAGAAACCAAUGGAGUUACGAUUCGCUCAGGAAUUUCCACCAGAUCUCUCCCCACGUCCAGGCUCAUCUCCAACAGGUUUACAUCACUUUAUUUUGGGCUUUGAUCGCGUCCGCUGUUGGGGCAUACCUUCAUGUUCUUUAUAACAUUGGUGGCUUGCUUACAACUCUCGCCACCAUGGGAUGUAUGGUCUGGGUACUCUCAACUCCUCCUUAUGAAGAGCGAAAGAGGUUUGGCGUGUUGAUGGCGGCUGCUGUUUUUGAGGGGGCUUCUGUUGGUCCUCUGAUUGAUCUAGCUGUUGAGAUCGACCAAAGCAUUCUUGUCAGCGCAUUUGUGGGAACUUCAGUGGCGUUUGGCUGUUUCUCAGCAGCAGCCAUGUUGGCUAGGCGCAGAGAGUACCUUUACCUUGGUGGCUUACUUUCUUCGGGCUUGUCCAUUCUUCUCUGGUUGCACUUUGCUUCUUCUAUCUUCGGGGGUUCCACUGCUAUUUUUAAGUUUGAGUUGUAUUUCGGGCUUCUGGUGUUUGCGGGCUACAUGGUAGUGGACACUCAGGAUAUCAUUGAGAAGGCACACCACGGUGACACGGACUACAUUAAGCAUGCCUUGACCCUUUUCACGGACUUCGUUGCUGUCUUUGUUCGAAUCCUCAUUAUCAUGUUAAAGAAUGCAUCUGAGAAGAAUGAGAGGAAGAAGAAAAGAAGAGACUGAACUUCAGUGGAGAACAUGCCAAGGAGCGAUCAUCCUUUACUAUAUGAAACUACAAACUUUUCUGUAUUAUCUUUUUUUCAUCGUAGACUAGAGAAAACGCCCGAACAAGAAAGUGAAUACAUGUGACCGCUAGUACUUGUUAAGUGGUAUUUACUUCUGUCUAGUUUUGCUAAUGUCACUUUUGUGUGAUGUAAAUCUGAAAUCAUCCAAAUGGUUUACGUUUUCUUGACGUUCGUUUUAACUUUUGAUUGUAUGAUGAAUUGAAUGGCACUGUUUGGUUUACAUUUCUCGGCAA